AUGGCAUUGAAAUUAUUUCAUAAUCCUAAUGACGAAACACCACAUGAUUACUUUAUGUUAUUAAUUUAUGAUAAUGGAUAUGUUAAAUUAUGGACAAUUAAUAAUUCUAUUGAUGAUGAUAAAAAAUCGGAAAGAAAGGAUAAUGAAUGUGAAUGCAAAGUAGUUCAAAAUUGGUGUAAAAAAGAACAUAAAGGACAUGGUAUGGCAAUUGAUGUUUCAUUAGAUAGAAAAUUUGCAAUCUCAACAGCUAGUGACAACAAAAUUGUUAAAUAUACUUUUACUGAGUCCUUAGCAAAUGAACCAAUAGUUGAUAGUGUAUUGUUAAAAUAUUCGGGAAUCUCUGAUGUAAGAAUACGUUCUGAUGGUAAAAUUUUUGCCACUGCUGGUUGGGAUUCAAA